UCCCGGUAAUGUGAGAGCGGACAAGCCGCUGAGUUUGAAAGCGCAGCCCAGCCGCACUAACGCUUGCACCGAAAGCUUGAGGGGGUUUCCCUGUUCAAGGAGCAAGCGGUUCCUUUGAAUCCCGGUGACCACGGCACCUUGCUGAUAGACACACCCCUCGCUGUUAGCCAGUUUAUUUUGGCUGGGGAUGUGGCGGUGAAAGUUCACCUGUUUUUGAAGCAAAUAUCCCACUGAGUAGCCUGCUAACCCGCCUGGGCAAAACGAUGGAAACCAGCCUACCAGAGACCGACCGGCUCAGAGAUCAGCUCUUCUGUACGUUAGACGAGGAGAACAGUCUUUACUUCACCUACAGCGGCAAACCCAACGUGCUCCAAGUGCAGGACCUCAAUUAUGAGGUGAAUUCUGCUGCACAGAUCCCCUGGUAUGAGAAGCUAGCUGAAUUACAAAUGCCAUGGCAUUGGAACUCCAAUUCAAAUGGACAGACAACAGCUCUGAAGAAUCUAAAUCUGAAAGUCAGAAGUGGACAGAUGUUGGCUGUGAUAGGAAGUUCUGGGUGUGGGAAGACAUCUUUACUUGACGUCAUCACUUGCAGAGAUGAAGGAGGGAAAAUCACAACUGGCAAAAUAUUGAUCAACGAAACACCAGUCAACAGGCAGCUGGUUAGAAAGUGUAUUGCACAUGUACGACAGGAUGACCGAUUAUUACCCAAUCUCACUGUAAGAGAAACAUUGACAUUUGUUGCAAAAUUGCGUCUUCCAAAAGACUUCUCAGAAGAACAAAGAAACAAAAGGGUAGAGGAUGUGAUAGCAGAACUCCGACUAAGACAAUGUGCUAACACUAGAGUUGGGAAUUACUUUACUCGGGGGGUCUCUGGAGGUGAAAGACGACGAGUGAGCAUUGGAGUGCAACUUCUGUGGAAUCCUGGUAUUUUAAUAUUAGAUGAGCCCACUUCUGGACUUGAUAGUUUCACAGCACACAAUUUGGUGAUGACUCUCUCGAGACUUGCAAGAGGAAAUCGUUUGAUCCUAAUGUCAAUCCAUCAGCCACGGUCUGACAUAUUCCAUUUGUUCGAUCUGGUGGUCCUGCUCUCCUCAGGAGUAACAACGUACUGUGGAACAGCUAAAGAUAUGAUUCCGUACUUUACCUCAAUAGGAUAUCCUUGCCCAACCUAUUGCAAUCCUUGUGAUUUUUAUGUUGAUCUAACCAGUAUCGACAGGCGUUCCAAAGAACUGGAAGAAUGUACACAGGAUAAAGCCAACACACUUGCCUCCAUAUUCUGGGAGAGUGUCAAAGACACGGAUGAUUACACCUGGAAGCCUAAUGCCAGCAACACCUGUCCAAAUAUGAAUAGCACUGUAAAUGCUUCUCAGACCUCCGAUGAAAUUGUUAUUAAUUUUAAAUCGGAAACCAAGGACAAAUUAGCUGGACAAUUGAGACAAUUUUCAGUCUUACUAAGACGGCAGAUUUCUAAUGACUUCAGAGAUUUACCAACGCUGGCUGUUCAUGGAUUUGAGGCACUCUUGAUGUCUUUACUAAUAGGGUUUUUAUACUACAGCCAAGAUGGCAAAGAAUUAUCCAUCCAGGACACAGUGGCAUUGUUAUACAUGAUUGGAGCUCUGACCCCAUUUGCAGUUGUUUUGGAUGUUAUCGCUAAAUGUCACUCAGAGAGGGCAAUGCUUUACCAUGAAGUAGAGGAUGGGAUGUAUUCUAUUACUCCUUAUUAUUUUGCGAAGCUUUUGGGAGAACUCCCAGAACAUUGUGCUUUUGUAAUAAUCUAUGGUGUGCCAAUCUACUGGAUAGCAGCUCUCAGGCCCGAAGCUAGUCCCUUCCUUCUGAACUUUCUACUGGUGUGGCUUGUGGUUUAUUGCAGUAGAGUAAUGGCUUUGUGGGUCUCAGCAUUACUACCAACGCUGCAGUUAUCUUCCUUUCUAGGAAACGUCUUUUUUACAAUUUUCUACUUAACAGGAGGCUUUGUUAUUAGUCUAAAGAAUAUGUGGACAGUUGCCUCCUGGUUUUCCAAGAUCUCCUUCCUCCGUUGGGGUUUUGAAGGUCUGAUACAAGUUCAGUUCACAGGACAUCUGUAUUCGUUUACGAUAGGGAAUAUCACCAUUCCAGUGAAAGGCACAGAUAUAAUUGAAUCUAUGGACAUGAACUCAGAACCACUCUACAUGUGUUAUGCCAUCUUGAUAGCCAUUUGUUUUGGAUUCCUGGUCCUCUAUUAUGUGUCUUUAAGGUUUGUCAAACAGAAAUCAAAUCAAGAUUGGUAAAAUACAAUUACCACAGCUAUUUCAGAUGCUGUGUACACAAACGAAAGCUAUUUCAAAUAAUUCCGAGACUACUUAUUUCCUUCACCCAGACAGUUGAGGCUGGAUAGUGCUUUGAGAUGGUAUACAUUAUUACUUCUAACAUUAUCCAUAAUAGUAUAAUAACGAGCUGGUGAUCAAAUGAAACAAGUUUUUUGAAUUGAUACUUCUGAAUGUUGCAAGAAUUGACAGCCUUCAGACCUCUCAACUGAAUGGCUAUACCUAAUGUAUAUGUUUAAGCAUUUUAAUUAUUUCAAAAAUACACCUUAUUCAUAAAAAAAAAUCAAUGUAUAUACAUAGCCAGAGUUUGGUUCUGUACAGUAGCAUAUCAAGGAAACAAAAACAUUGGUGUUUGACUGUAUCCAACAAACAAAAAGACAGCUCUUACACAGGUUAUGUUUACAUGUACUUGAGGCACCGAGAGAGUCCGAAGACCAAAUGGACCUCCAUUUACCUUUAACAGGAAGACGUCAGACAGUGGUCUUUCCCCAAAGCACCGUGGUAGCAGCUGCCCCAAGCUUUGGUCUACCUCUCAGCAUGUGGUCCUGGCUCUUGGAAUGUGCCAGCUUGAAUGUUCAUUCGGGGUCAACUCCUUGUUUUGGAAAACCAGCAAACCAAAGGGUUUCUGGGCAAACCAAAUAGUGCCUUUCACCAAGUUGCUGGUCCUCCAGGCAUAGUCGAUGUUUGUCUUGGUGUGUGCCCUGGGAAACAGGUAGUAGAGCACAGUCCUGUAUUACAGAGCAGCUCUGGAAGAAGCUCAACAAAAACCUCUGCAUCUUUCUCUAUACUUCCCUUACAUACAGAUGUGUGAUGGUUUCUAUCCUCCACCCUACAUCCCUACCCCUGGCCCACAGCUUUUAUUUUUUCAAAAGUUUACAUUAUUCAUACAAAAACUUUGUGUGUAUAUACACAGUCACAAACGUGGUUUGGCUCUGUACAGUAGCGUGUCAAAGAAGCAAACAAACAUUGGAGUUUAACACUUUGAAAAGACAAAGACCUCUGCUUCACACACACACACACACACACACACACACACACACACACACACACACACACACACAACCCCCCUACCUGGCCCAUCCCCCCCAGACAUUGAAGAAUGGUAGGUUGUUUUAUCUCUGAUAACAUCACAGCUAAGCCUGGUCAUUUUUAAUAUCCACACUAUACUUUUAAGUAAAAAUUUAACAUCACUUGCUCAACUGUAAUCAAAUAUGACAUUGUUUCAGAACUUGAGCCUGGUCAUUCAAGAUUUGGAAUCACACCAACUGACCGGGUACUGGGUCGAGUAACAGACAGCCAUAAUGGAGCUCAGAUAAUGAUUAUCAUAAGGAUGUCAGAGAGAUAUGGAGCAAAUGUUGCUAAAUAACGUUUAGAGUAAAUUAAGUAAAUAAAAUUCUGUCAUUAAUUAGUUAAAUGUUAGAACAAUCCUGAAGUGUUUAAUGACCUUCUUUCAUUCUUUCUUUGGAUGGAGUUCCUUAGUCUGCAUGGCAAGUUCUACAGUAGGCCCUGUGCACAUGAACUGAGCCAUCAGGGACGCACGCACAAAGACAGUCAACUUGACUGUGAAUGGAGUACGUUUGGGUAUUAGAUGGAUUUCUGCAGUUUUGCAUUCUCAGCAAAGAAAGCAAUUAGAGUUGCUUUUUCUUCGAACAUAAUUGUUUGAC